CAUAUGAAUGUGCAUCCAUGGUAAUUUGACCGCUUGCUACGGCAUUUACGGUGGCUUCCGACACUUUCGCCCCUAGUGCGGAUCUUACUAAUUAUAUUUUGGAUUAUCCACCCGCCUAAAGUUAAUUCUCCAUCGUUACCUCAUCUUCGCUCUAUUUAAACCUUCUGAAUAGACUAAUCAUAUAAUACCUCCUGUAUAUUUACUCUACUUAUCGUCAGCCAUUGACACCUAUAAAUCCAAGCAACAGGCAAUAUGACAGCAGAUGCAACAAAGCUAGUAGACUGGCUCGUUAUAAUCUCCGAUCACGAAAACGUGGGGCGGGAGCGACUAGCUGGGCGAGAAGCACAUCUGCAGGGACUGGUACCACAUAUCGCUUCUGGAUUCUGGACUAUGGGAGGUGCUCUAUUAAAAGCGCCGGAGGAAGGCCAGGGACAAGUGGUUAACGGUAGCUGCCUUGUUGCAAAUGCUACGACGAAGGAAGAGGUGAUUGCAAAGCUCCAAGCGGAUAUUUACUAUAAUGGUGUGUGGAACUUGGAAAAGGUCCAAAUAUUUCCACUGGCUAUUGCUUUCCGAAAAGAAAAGACAGAUGGGCUGCUAUAGGGGUCUAAGUAUGGUAUUCUUCAAAUCUUUACAUCACAAAAUAGAACAGGAACAGAUUUAUGGCAUAUGAUUAUCAGUCCUUGGCGAA